AUGACAGCAAUUAUUAAACGUAAUACAACAAUUCCAACAAAACAAACGCAAACAUUCCCAUUAACAUCAUUUCCGAAAAAUCAAUCAGGAAUUAUUAUUAACGUAUUCGAAGGUGACCGUUCAAUGACGAAAGAUAAUCAUUUACUUGAUAGUUUUGAACUCGCUGACAUUUCUUCAAAUUCGGAUGACGGAUCAGAAAUUGAAGUUACAUUUGAAAUUGAUGCAAAUAGUAGUUUAUAUGUUUCAGCUGAUGAUAAAACUUCUGGAAAAUCUAAUAAAAUUACAAUCACCAUCGAAAAAGAGCGUUUAUCUAGAGAUGAAAUUGAACGUAUGGUUGCUGAUGCUGAAAAAUAUAAAAACGAAGAUGAGAUACAACGUAAUCGUAUUAAAGUUGUAAAUUCAUUAGAAUUAUAUUGUUUUAACAUGAAGACCACAAUUAAUGAUGAAAAAUUGAAAGAUAAAAUUAAUGUUUAUGAUAAAAAGAAAAUGAUCGAUGCUCUUGAAAAUACAUUGAUAUGGUUAGAAACAAAUCAAUUUGCUGAACAAGAAGAAAUUGAAAAGAAGUUAAAAGAAGUUGAAAAAUUAUGUUCAUCAAUAAUGAUGAAACCUUAUUCAGAUGAAAAUGAUGCUAAGAAAAUGUCAGAAGGAUUUUCUGACGAUCAAACAAAAGACAAGGUUAUUCCUCCUGUUAAUGCUACAUCAAACAACAAUACUGAAAUAUCCAAACUGAAUUCACGUUUUCUUGAUAUUCGAAAUGAACAUCAAGAUAUGCUCUUACCAAUCGAAGGUUAUGAAGACAUGCCUCUUCUACCCUUGGAAAAUACUGUCGAACACUUGGAGAAUAUAAUUUCGAAUAUAAGACGAAAUGCAUGGAUUGCGAAAGAAAGAUCCAUUGUUGUUACUGAUGAACUUACUCAAGAUGAAUCAGCUGCUAUUCAAUUGUACACAAUGGAAUGGAAACCAGAUAAUCAAUCAUUCUAUAUUCAUAUUAAUACUGCUCUACGAGAAGCAAAUCGAGAUAAACUUACUCCAUUUCUCUCCUACCUAAAACUUGUUCUAACAGCUCUGUGGAAACUUCCAUCAAUAAAAACAACAGUAUGGGGUGGUGUGAAAGGUGAUUUAAGUGCUCAAUAUCCAAUUGGCAAGGAGUUUAUCUGGUGGGGAUUCAGUUCCUGCACUAGAUUACGUAAAUUUCUUGAACAAGAGAAAUUGCUGAGCACGACAGGCGUAAGAACAUUAUUUCGUAUCGAAUGUGAAACUGGCAAGUCUAUCUGUGCCCAUUCGUAUUACAAAACAGAAGAUGAAAUUCUUCUUUUACCAGCUACUCGAAUGCGAGUAAUCAGUCAAAUGGACUCUAAUAAUGGUGUAAUUGUUAUUCAAUUGAAAGAAAUUAAAUCUCCAUUUCCUCUGCUUCAAUCACCAUUCAAUUAA